UAUAAUAAUUUUAAAAAAAGAAAGAAAAUCAUUUUAUCAUCACAAUCACAUCACAUCAAUAUAAUUAAAUUAUACAACGUCAUCAUUUGUUAUUAUUGUUGUUGUUGGGUUUUGGGUUGAAAUUUAUUGGAUCGAAUUAUUUUUCUGGUUAACAAAUCAAUUUUUUCGUUGUUGUUCUCGAUAAUUCCAACAACAAAAAGAUCAAAUUUUUUUGCUAAAAUAUCGUUGUUUUUUUCAACAAUUUUUGUUAGCCGAUUGACAACGAACAACGAAAAAAAUGAUUGAAGAUAUUUGUCUGGUUAUAAAAGCUGCAAAUCAAAAAUAUGAUGAUGUUAAAGUUGAUUGUCAACUUUCAUGGUCAAUUCUUGAUUUAAAAAAUUAUCUUAGCAUUAAUUAUCCAUCCAAACCUAAAAUAACCGAUCAAAGAAUAAUCUAUUCCGGUCAUUUAUUAAAGGAUAACCAAUUAUUGUCAAACAUUAUCAAACUAUCUGAUUCAUCAUCAUCAUCAUCAUCAUCGAAUGAAGAUCGUUUACAAAAUACAUUCAUUUUUCAUCUUGUUUGUCCUCAAAAACAUUUGACCAAAAACAACAAUGAUACGGCAAAUACAAUAAAUGUAACAACAAAUGGAUCUUCAUCAUUGCCAUCAUCAUCAUCGAAUAAUUUGGAUGCUUUUCCAAACAUUACAGGUUCAAGUCAAUCAUCAUCAACACCGAUGCCAACACCAACAGCAGCAGCAGCCGCUUGGAAUCAAUUCAAUCAAAUGAAUAUACAAAUGGGACCAGAUAAUAUGUUAAUGCAACAAUCGUAUCAAAUAUUAAUGAAUCAAUAUUAUCAAUAUAUGAGCUAUUAUUUUCUAUCAUCACCACCAAUUGAUUUUGUUUCAUAUGCUGCAUUUACAAAUGCUUAUAUGCAAUCAAUUCAACCGGUAAAUGAUAAUCAACAACAACAACAACAACAAUCAAAUUCUAUUGGAACAACAUUGAACAAUAUUCGAAGUAAUUCGGUACCGGCAACUGAUAACAACAAUAAUAAUUUGAAUAACAAUCGAAUUAAUAAUCGACAACAACAACAACAACCUCAAGCAGCAUUAGGAGGAGUAGGUGUAGCAGCAGCAGCAGUUGUAAUCGAUAAUGAUGAUCUUAUGAAUCGUGAUUGGACUGAUUGGAUGUAUUCAUUUUCAAAAGCUAUCAUUAUGUUAAGCAUUAUAUAUUUUUAUUCAUCAUUGAAUCGUUUGGUAUUGUUUAUGUUAAUCUUUUUAAUCAUUUAUUUUUAUAAAAAUCUUCUUAAUGGUAUACAUCAAGCUAAUGGUGGUGGUGGAAGAGGAAAUAAUAAUAAUAAUAAUGAUAUUCGAAUCAAUAAUGAUCGUAAUAAUCCAGUCAAUCAGAAUAAUAAUAAUAAUAAUGAACGAAUUAAUCAGGCAAAUAUACAUGCUGAUUCUUUGGAAAACAAUCAUCAUCAACAACAACAACAACAAGAUGAUGAUGGUAAUAAUAAUAGCCAAUAUUAUUCAGGAUUACGAUUUGUUUGGAUGUUUAUUACAUCAUUGUUUACAUCAUUAAUACCGGAUCCAGUGCCCAUAAAUUAGUUUAUUCAACAACAACAACACGAAAAUCUGUUUUUGUUAUCUUUUCACACACACAUAUAUUAAACUGAUACACAACAACAACAACAACAUAUUCAUUUCUUUUUCAAA